AUGGAGGACUCUUUCCAGUUCAUCAUCGAGUCUCCCCAGCACAGCCAGGGCCACAAGAAACGCCCCCGCCUCGUCACCUCCUGCGAUAACUGCCGUCUCAAGAAGAUCAAGUGUCUCCAGCCAUCCCCGGAGGCCAAAUGCGAGGCCUGCAAGGCCGCAAAGAUCCAGUGUCGCUUCCGCGACAGAGAGCGCUAUUUUGCAGAGCGUAGCAGAGCAAUCGCGGGGCCGAACUCGGGGGUCUAUGCCACUGAACUCAGGUCCGAGCCCAAUCCAGCGCUUGAUGCGUUUUCUGUCGCCUCGGGUUCAUCCAGCCCUUCCAUGUCCUCUCAUUCCGAUCCACGCUCCAACUCCCACUCGCCUAAAGCAAGUGGCAUGGUAUCUCCAGAGAUCGAACACCCCACCCGCUAUCCACCCUAUUCAAUGGACUCACGUCACGUAAUGGGGCCCUCUCACACCAGUUCCUCCUCCAUCUCGUCGUUUGACUCCAUAAGAAGUAGCAGUGGAAUGCCGUAUAAUUACUCUGGGCACCCGUCCCAGGCACUACAUUAUCCAUCUAAUUCAAGGCCUAAUUCCUAUCCCACUGAUCAUCGAGGUCUCCAUCUAUUUGACCCGGAAAAUCAUCAGCGCCCAAAUCCGACCUACAUGGCGCAUUUCAUCCAGACUUUCUUUGAGCGAUAUGCUCAGGACUUCGCGUUUCUUUCGUAUCAAGACUGCUUGGCCGACUUCUGGGACAACCGUCUGUCCGCUACAUUAGCUAAUUGUAUCGCUGCUAUGGCCGUAAAACAUUCUAAUCACCCGGAUCUCAAUAUGCCUUUGCGCGAUCUCCAUAAUGUUGCCGAAAACUACAUAGACGUCGCAAAAGCGCUCAUUGCUUCUGUAACGCAUAUCCCCUCCCUGGAGACCUUGCAAGCCAUCAUGCUUCUCUGUUGGUUCGAACAUAAUCAUCACAGGUUGCCUGGCUUCCGCACGUACUACGGAAUGGCCAGCAAGAUGUCGUCCGACCUGGGUCUUCAAGACGCUACGUACGACCCCCCUGCCGAGUAUGAGCGAAGUCGUCGUCGAGCAACCUGGGCUGGCAUGCUCCAAUUGCAUAUGACAGCUAACUCCUUUCGUUCAUAG